AAAAAAAAAAACACAGACAAAAUGUUAGCAGAAAUUGUUACACAUUCUACCACGCAUAUCUGUACACCCCAUAUCAGGACUAUUUUUAUGCAUCGUGGAAUAAUGGCAUUGAAUUUUGAAGGCAUUUGAAGGAAACAGACGUGGUCCCUGGAUCAAAUAACUGAAAUAUUCAUUUUUGAAUCACUUUUAAAAAUUAAAGCAUGAUUGAUUCUUUUUUUUCAUCCAAUGGAUUAUGUACUGCUACGACAUAGGACGAGGCUAGUGUGGUUUCAAAAAUGAGAGUCGUAUUUGUUGGAAUUUUGUUUGCCCUAAUCACAAAGAUCCAUGCGUUUGAAUGUGAGUCUCAGAACUUUCACGCAAAAGAAGAGGAAGCCUGCAACAAUGAGUUGCACGCAUUCAACCUUUCAGGAAUUCAACCAGACUGCUCAGGUUUGUGGGAUGACCUGAACUGUUGGCCACCAUCUCAGAUUGGUCAGACUGUAUCACAGCCUUGCCCAGAAUUCCUCAAAACACUGGGGAGAAUCUACAGGAACUGCACUGAGGAGGGUUGGUCAGACGCCUUCUCUCCACAUGGAUCGGCUUGUGAACUUGCCAUCAAUGAGUCCUUUACCUUCCUUAGUGAGACUCCACAGUUCCAUUCCUAUCUGCCCUAUGUGAAGGCCAUGUACACCGUUGGCUAUGCUGUCUCUCUCAUCUCUUUAGUCAUUGCCAUUGCCAUCCUCUGUCUGUUCCCGAAACUGCACUGCACCAGGAACUACAUCCACAUCCAACUCUUCCUCUCCUUCAUCUUCCGAGCAGCCUUCAUCUUCAUCAAAGACUAUGUGCUCUUCUCCAGUGAAGCCAUCUACCACUGUGACUCCUAUUCAUUAGCCUGCAAGCUAGUGCUGCUAAUUUCAAACUACUGCAUCAUGGCUAACUACAGCUGGCUGUUGGUGGAGGGCCACUACCUCCACACCCUGGUCACCGUCUCCUUCUCAGAGAGGAAAUACUUCUGGUGUUAUGUAGUCCUUGGAUGGGGUAUGCCAAUGAUAACAGUGGGAGCCUGGGGCUUGGCGAAGUAUUUUUAUGAGGACGAAGGGUGCUGGGAGACCAGAGGCAGUGACUGGAUAUGGUGGAUUCUCAGAGUCCCCGUCCUCCUGUUUCUUGUUGUAAACCUGUUCUUUUUCCUGAACAUCAUCAGAAUACUGGUCGGCAAAUUGAGGAUGUCUGAUGUUCACGGAAAUGAAUUCAAUCAGUUCAAGAGACUUGCCAAAUCCACAUUUCUCCUGGUGGCACUGUUUGGACUGUACUACAUUCUCUUUGCAUUUCUACCACACAAAGUAGACGGUUUAAUUUACAUGAUAUGGAACUUUACAGAGCUGGCAAUCGCCUCAACACAGGGCUUUGUAGUGGCAGUUCUCUACUGCUUCCUGAAUGGAGAGGUUCAGUAUGAGAUCCAGAGGAAGUGGCGCCGGUGGAGGAUGAAGCAGAGGUUGAACGGCACCCCCAACCUGCACCAUGGCUCCAUGAGCCAGAGCGGCUGCCCACUAACACAAGUGUCCUUGAUGCCCAGGAGCCCCGCCAGCCGUCAGUUCAGUCUGGUGUGAACCCACCAUCACCCCCACCCAGGAUGUUUCCUUCCCCCAGGAUAUGGAAGUGCAAGACUGACACUGACUGUUCAGCUGUGGAGGAACUAGAACAGCCAUUUCCCAUAAGGAGGCCUAAAAAAUGACUUUACUUGUACCACUGAGAUCUUAACACUAGUGCUACCUACAGGAAUAAAACUGUAUUGACCAAGAAUACUAUUGUUCAAUAUAGAGGUAUGAUGGCAUGGGUGAUAGCUUUGCUCCAGAUGACAAGCUGCCUUAUCAUAAUUUUCACAGUAGUUUCAUCACUUUGUGCAUAAACCACAGGUGUAAUGGUGACUGGUUUGAGCAUUCACCACCAGCCUUUUAUUGUCAAGGUUUAGUGGGAGCGAAGAACAAUCUACAUUAAGAGCAAACUAAUAUUACAAUCAAAUUCUGGUUCCUCCUAGCAAGUUUUGUACGGAAUGGACAUGAAGAACAAAGUUGUUCUUGGAGUGUUCUGGAAUAUUGGGGUGAGACUAUAACAGUGUUAUGGAAUCAUGUCAGCAGACUUCCGGGCCUUCUAAGAGACCAAAACUGCAAAAUGACUCUUCGAGGUCAAACUGUCUUUAAUGAAAAAAUCCAGACACUACUUUUGCUUUAUUGGCAAUAUUUGUAGGCAUUGCUGCAUUCCGAUAUAUGUAAGCUUGUAUUGCUUAGAAUGUGCACUAUAAAAAUGAUCAUGGAUGCUGCAGAGUCAAAGCUCAGUCAAUCAGAAUUCUGACUUUUGUUGAAGUACCAUGUGAACCUAAAUUGUUUGCGAAUGAAAACUUGGCACCUCCUUCCACACAGUCAAACCUCAUCCAAAAACAGCACAAUGAUAAUUGUAUUUCAACUAUUGAAAAACUUUAUAAAAAUCACAUUUUUCUGGGCAAUACAGAUUGUUCAAUGGCACACGUUCUAAGUACAGCUUUCCUAACAAAGCCACACAAAAAAGCAUGUGAUUAUAUAGGCCUACUGCUAGCACUCUUGAUUAUUUUAUUCUGUAGGUGAAACUCUCAGGCACAGGUUGUUGACAUGUUGGAAUGUAUGAAACUGUCAGAGUAGAGCUCCUACUUAGGGUCAUCUCAUAGAAGUAUGCAAUACAAAAGAGAAAUCUCUACAAUUUGCCUGUUUGCUUGUUUGUUUUUCCUUUUUGCCAUUUUUCAUUCAUCAGUUUAGUCACUAUACUGAAAAAAUUGCAUUCAGUCAAACACAGCAGCUUUGUGAUCAGUCUCUGACCGAACAAUAAACUGGAGUCAUGGUGGAACAGUA